AUGCCCUUGGUGAUCCGCUGUGCUAUGGACCUUCUACGUUUCCAAUGGCUAUCCUACGUGUUUGGCGAUCCCCUGGGGCCAAUCCUAACUGGACCCGAAUGUAACAACGCCCGACGCAUCUCGUCCCCGAUCACUCACUGGCUCGAUGGCGGGUCCGUGAGCAGCGCUAACCUCGCUUCUGGGCGGCCCAACAGGAUAGGUGAGCCAUUAUGGGCCAAGCCUGGACAGGUUCUGAGAAUAGUUCGCAUGGUGGUAACACCUCAUCACCUCUAUGUCGACAGUAGCAAAGAUUCACAGGGUAUCCGCACAAAAAUUCGUAAAGUUGAGCUAUCUCGUGGGGCCAAAUCGACGUAG